UCUGGGGUUUGGUGCGUGGGGCAGUUUAUGGCCCUGGGGUCAAGGCUGGGGUCAGACCCCAUGUCCAGGGCACUCACGAGGGGCCUCACCCCCUUCCCCAGGCGGGUCCCUUCCGAACGCUCCCGCCCUCGCCCGUGUGGGCCCUCGCUGGGGGGGUGCCCCCCCCACCCCCCUGCUCACGGCGGCCUGUCCCGUGUCCCCAGGCUGGCACGGCGUCCCUGCCCCAGGACCAUGGCGCACGUGGGCCACCGGGUGGAUUACCUGGCCGGGUUCUGCUGCCCGGUUGGGGGGCUGGUGUCGGGCAAGCCCCGAGUGCUGUGCCACGAGAACGAGAUCUACCUCUCCAACGGCAGCGAGUUCGUCUACGUCUACGACCAGGAGGGCAAGGUGCUGAAGGCAGUGUACAAAUGCCCAGACCAGGUGUGGCACGUGGAACUGCUCCCCCUCCCCAGGCAGCUCUACAUCCUCUGCGCCCACAGCGGCAUUUACUGCGUGUCCCUGGAUCAGCAAAGCAGGUUAAUGGAGCAGACUGAUGGUGACGGCCAAGAAAGCAAUUGCCCUUCCGGCAUCUUCCCGGUGGACUCGGACGCCUGCAUCUUCCCAGACUCCACUCUGUGCACAUUCACGCUGCUCAACAACUUUGUCAUCACUUUGUCCCAGGCUCAGGGCAAAUGGUGGAUGAAACUGCAUGAGCUUCCGCACCCCGAGCAGGAGAGUCCCCCGUACCGGCAGAUCAGCGAGGUGGGCUUCUGCCCCGGCCCCGAGCCCGGAGACGAGGGGGACGGCCCGCCUUCGCGCUUCCUGCCUGUCCUGUGCUGCGCAUCUUCCCCAGGCACCGUGGGGUCUGGGGAGGGGCUGUGGUGCUCAGGAGGGUUUGUGCUGGAAGAGCCCCUCUUCAGUUUGCUCUUUGGGAUCGACGCUGCCAUGCUGGAGUCUCCUAUGAUCCUCUGCGGCUUCCCGGAUGGACAGCUCUGCUCCGUGCCGCUGAAGGCCCUCAGCUCUUCCCAGGUUGCUGAUGGCUGUCAUGACGUUUCAAGCCAAGACCCUCCUGUUAAGAUCCUUCAUCAUCUGGAAGAGCCGAUUGUCUUCAUUGGGGCCUUGAGAACGGAGCGGAGGACAGCGGAGGAGGAGGAGGCUGAGGACGAACAGCUUUUUGGAGACGCUGGCUGUGACUGUGUGGUGGCAGUUGGUCACUACGGCAAGAUGGUGGCCGUCAAGGCGGAUCAGAGGGAGGAGGCCACAGUGCCAGAGCUCAGGGAGUACUACUUGCGCGGGCCCAUUCUCUGCGCCGCCUGCGGGAGCGGCAGCCGGAUGUAUUACAGCACGCACUCGGACAUCUCCGCGGUCGACCUGGACUGGGUCAACGAGUCCUCUGACCCCGAGGACGCAGAGAGCUCCACUGGAGUCCUGCCUCCCGUCCUGUCUCCUGCCAGUUUAAGUAUCUGUAGUGUUGUGGCUCUUUCCUUGUCUUCUCGGGCAUCAGAAGGUGAAUCGGAGCUGCUGGCCCUGUCCGCCAAAGGGCGUCUCAUGACCUGCGGCCUGUGCAGCCCCGAGGAGGCUCCUCCCGCGCGGCUGACGCCCGCCGAAGCUGGCCGAAGGAUUAAGGAGCUGCUGUCCGGGAUAGGCAAUGCCUCGGAGAGAGUUUCCUUCCUGAAGAAGGCAGUGGAUCAGAAGAACCGAGCACUGGCCAGCCUGAACCAGGUGAUGAACGUGAGUGCAGCUUUGCUGUCCAGCCAAGAAGGCCAGAAGCCCAUUGCCUGCACUGUCACUGCCAACUGGAGCUGCCUCCUGCUCCAGGAUACUGUAACCAUCUCCUGUGUGCUGGAGAACUGCAGCGAGUACAGCCUGGAGGAGGGCUGGACCCUGUGCGUUCAGCUCUUUGCCAGCCCCUGUGCCUUAGAGGAGGAUUCUGUGGAUUCAGGCACCACUUUCACCUUCCCCAUCGACCAGCUCCUGCCUGGGAACAAGAGGGAGCUGACGCUGCCCCUCGGCUCUGCUGCAGACACCAAGCUGGAUCUGCCUUUGACCAUCUCCUGUGCCCUCUACUACAGUUUACGAGAUAUUCUGGGCAGCGGCUCCGACUCCCCCGAGGCACUGGAUGAUUUCCUCCCGGACGACUCGCCCAUCCUCUCCCCGGACAGAGAGGGGAUCUGCUUGCCCCUCAGUGAAUGCACCAUUGACAUGUUGCAGUGCCUGCGCUUUGAGAGCAGCCCCCCUGGGCCCGAUGCCUCCCCUGUGGUGGCUGCCCCCCCAGACCCUGUAGAGACCUUCCUGAAAGUGUCCAAGAAGCAGACUGAACCCGAUGGAGUGAAAGACAGCGAGCAGCCACACGCUCCGGGAGAUGGAAACCUGCCUCCAUCGACGGCGUCCAUCAGGGUGUCCUCAGAGCUGCUGAAAAAUGCACUGAAAAGCUCCAGCUCAGGUGUCCCGCUGAGCUGUGCCACGCUGCGCUGGCUGCUGGCCGAGAACGCUGGGGCCGAGGCGCUGAGCAGCAGGGAAGUGGCGUCGGUGCGCGGCGCGGCCCCGGACGGAGGCGAGGUGCAGCUGCUUGUCCGAGAGGUGGCCAUGAACGACCUCAGCCCGGUGGGCCCCAUCCAGGCAGUGGAGAUCCUGAUGGAGAGCCCUUCCCUGGCGGACAUGUGCAGGGUGCACCACGCCGUGAUCCGGCGCAUCCAGGCCCUGGUGCUGGAGCAGGCGGCGCAGGGCUCCGGCCCCCCCGACCUCCGCAUGCAGUACCUGCGCCAGAUCCAGGCUAAUCACGAGAUGCUGCUGAAGGAGGCCCAGUCCCUGCGAGACCGGCCGCCCCCCGGCGAGGAGGGCGCCGGGACGGCGGAGAAGCUCCUGCACGUCUACAGGCAGCUGCGCAACCCCAGCCUCGUGGUCCUGUGAGCUGGGGGGGGCGGCCCAGUGCGCCCCGGGGCGCCCGGGGGCCCCCGAGCCCCCCCGGCGGGGGUGGCCAGCUCGAGGCCGGGGCUGGAGAGCGGCUCCAGGCGCAGGAGGAGGAGCGGGCCCGGGCGGGAGCUGGCGGCGAGGGGCAGGGCGGCCGCGGUUCGGGCUGUGCGUGUGUGCGUGUGUUUCGUGGUCGUGUUGUCGGCAGCGCGGAGGGUCGUCGCGGCUCUGGCGCCUCUCCCCAGAGAGCCGCCCAGCGGCACAGCGGAGGCUCCUGGGCCGGCGCAGCCCCGCGCACCCCGCCGGCGGGCGGCCCGCGGCGCCGGCGCCGUCCUCGGCGCGGGCCGUGCCCCCGUGCUGCCUUGCCUUUCAGGAAUCCGGACAAACAGGGUGCUGUGCCGGGGCGGCCCAGCGGGCGCCCGCCCGGGGGACCCCCGUUUUCUGCUGGGCAGGGGAGGGGGUUUUCCGCUCCCCCGUCGUUUCUAUAAACGAUCUCGUAUUUCCGUGGUGGUGCAGCGUGUUUUGGCGCGGUCCUUCCCCGCACUGCUCCGGUGUCUGUAAAUCUGUCGUCUGCCAUGAAAACGAUCGUGCUGCUCA